AAUGUCAUAACCUUUGUAUUACCCACGGGCACGUAUUAGGUACUUCUGGACUUAUAUAAAUUUUUACCUAAAAUUUACGAAGGUUAGAUUCCAAUUAUAAAAACCUCACUAAAUGCUCAUAGAAAAUAAGGCAACGAUUGUUCGUUGUUGGUAAUAGCAAGGCAUGUUGAAUCAGAAUAAAACCACGAUUUCUACAACAAUUGAAUUUUCAAUCAUUACGAAGCCACGCUUAACAACAAUAAUAACAGGUGAAGAUUCGAGAAAAAUCCGAUGAUCAUCCAGCUGAUAAAGGGGGACGUGAUGACGAUUAUUUCGUCCAGAAAGAGAAGAAAAUUGGUCCAUAAGAAGCAUAAAAAACCUUGGGAAAAUUUCGAUAAGGGUCCCCAGCAGCUGAUGAAAAUUAUUCACCGCGUUUGUUCCAAGUCACGUUUUACUCACGUUUCCGCAGAUACCCUAGGACUUGAUUCUAAUAUGUUUUGAUAUGGAGGGUCAUUUGGUUGACCCCGAUCGUGAAGAAAUGGAGAUAAGCGAGGAUUAUCCGAUAUUAAAAUCGUUCCUCGCCGGCUCCUUCUCUGGGACAUUUUCGACUAUUUUAUUUCAACCCCUGGAUCUCGUGAAAACGAGACUUCAGAGCCCCGUUGCAAAUAAUCAUGUGUGUCCACCAAAGCAUCCAAUGCUGAGCACAAUGAUCAACAUAAUCCAGAAAGAAAACAUCCUGGGGCUGUGGAGGGGCAUGACCCCGUCCAUCACGAGAGUGAUCCCAGGAGUCGGUCUCUACUUCUCCUCCGUUCACUACCUGAAGCACAGUAUGGACCUGCGGGACCCCCUGACACCCCUGCAAGCUGUCUCUCUGGGGAUCACCGCGAGAACCAUGUCAGGGUGUCUUCUGAUACCGAUUACCGUCGUAAAAACACGAUUCGAGAGUGGGGUCUACAGAUAUGAGAGCAUGGGCCAAGCCCUCAAGCUUAUUUAUAAACAGGAAGGGCUUCGAGGCCUUUCCAGUGGCCUUGCACCCACUCUCCUCAGAGACGCCCCUUACAGUGGGCUAUAUUUAAUGUUUUAUACACAACUGAAAGAAGUGUCUUCUCUAGCUUUAGAUAAUAAAAAAUUAAUCACUAUGAACUUCGGCUGUGGAAUCUUAGCCGGAAUUUUCGCAUCCAUUGCGACGCACCCAGCAGACGUUGUGAAGACGAAAAUGCAGCUGUAUCCCCAGGAGUUCAGAAAUGCCUACAGUGGAUUUUUGUUUGUGUACAAUAAAUACGGGGUGAUGGGGUACUUCAAGGGGAUCGUCCCGAGGAUGCUGAGGAGGACACUGAUGACCACAAUGGCUUGGACAGUGUACGAGCAAAUUACCAGGACGAUUGGCCUCAAAUAAUUGAAAUUAUAGUCAUUAUUUUUCAACUGUGACCAGUAUUAGGGGCAUUUCAUAUCAAUAGUCACUGUAAAUGACAAUGGAAUGUCUCAGCAGACUCAAAAGGCUGUACACGACACAAUAAAUUGGGUGUUUUUUUAUUUCUCGUGUAAUCGUAAUGAAAACUGUUGUUGUUUGAUAAGUAAUAAAGGUUUUGUUAACUCAA